UCUUUCACUUUGUUCUUUAAUUAAAUUACACCAAUAAAAAAAAAGAAAAGAAGAGAGAGAGAUCUUCCUCGGGAUCUCCUCAAUAGUAUUCCAGGAAAAUGUUGGACUACGAAUGGGACAACCCCUCCGCCAUUAUGGUAUCCGGAGAAGAACAACGACACCAUCAUCAUCAGGACCUUGACCCAACCCGAGCCUUGUCCAUUUUUGAGUCGACCCAAACUAAUCAUCAUCAUCAGUCCUCUUACAACAACUUUCCUCCACCGCUGUUUUCUUCCCUGUCCAACCAACAACACCUGACCGUCUUAUAUGGUCAUCAUCAUCAGACCGCUCACAUCCCAACCAACCAGUUCCAUCACUCCUUCUACGACGCUAACCCUUACGCCUCCUCACCAGAUUCCAUCUACCAUGCUCACUCUCCCGCUUCGGCCUUGUUCUCGUCAUUCGACCAAACCGGGCCAGCAGGAUCCGGUUCUUCUUCUUACAACUUCCUCAUACCCAAGACCGAAGUGGACGUCGUCUCUCGCUCGCCGCUCGAUUUCUGCACGUCAAACAGGAUCGGCCUGAAUCUGGGAGGACGCACUUACUUCUCGGCCGGAGACGACGAUUUCGUGAGCAGGCUGUACAGGCGGUCUCGAACCGGGGAGCUCGGAAUGGGUAGCACUACCGCUACUCCGCGGUGCCAAGCGGAGAGAUGCAACGCGGAUCUGAGCCACGCCAAACACUAUCACCGUCGCCACAAAGUCUGCGAGUUCCACUCGAAAGCUUCCACGGUUGUGGCCGCCGGGCUCAGCCAGCGCUUUUGCCAGCAAUGCAGCAGGUUCCAUUUGCUGUCGGAAUUCGACAACGGGAAACGGAGCUGCCGUAAGCGACUUGCCGACCAUAACCGCCGCCGCCGUAAAUGUCACCAGGCAGCCUCCGCCAGCGGCAAACACACUACGGAUAUUAUCAACACUUCAAAGUCAGCAAACGAUUCGGGUCUGAAGUCGUCGUCAGCGUCUCCAUCUCCAUCCAACGCGCCGACAACAAUUUCUUUGGAAUGUUUCCGGCAAACUACAGCGUCGUCUUCCACGUCCGCGAUAUGGGGUAGCUUAGCUCCUACGUAUAAUAUUUAAGGCCGUCGUUGUUGUUGGAGACCGAUAAAAUUGAUAGUUAUUUGGUCAUGUUUCCUUUCCUACUUUUAAAUUGUUUUAAAUGUGUGUUUGACUUAAAUAUUAAAUUAACCGUGCUCAAUCGAUUGGUCGAUUAGACUUUUUUUUAAAAAAUUUAAUUAUUUGAAUGAA